CCGGAUCCAGGGCGGGGGUCGGCGGCCCGGCCAGCCCGGCCCGGCCCGGGGCCGCGUCCUGAGCGUCAGCCUCGCCGCUGCAGCCUCGGCGCCCGGCCCGCCCCAUGGAGGCCGAGCGCCCCCCGCUCCGCGCCGCCGGCCGUGACCCCGGUGCGCUGCGGGCCGAGGCGCCGUGGCUGCGCGCAGAGAGCCCGGGCGCGCGCGCCUCCCCCGUGACGGUGCCCACGCCACCGCAGGGCGCUUCCGUGGGCGGCGGCCUCGCGGGCUUGGAGUUCGCGCGGCCGCGGGAAUCGGAGCUGCGGGCCUCGGAGCUGGGGGCCCCCGGGCCUUGGGCGGGGGCGGCGGGGCCCCGGACUCCGUCGGCGCACAUCCCGGUGCCGGCGCAGAGAGCCACCCCAGGAAAAGCCCGGCUGGACGAGGUCAUGGCUGCCGCUGCCCUUACAAGCCUGUCCACCAGUCCACUCCUUCUGGGGGCCCCGGUUGUAGCCUUUAGCCCAGAGCCUGGCUUGGAGCCCUGGAAGGAGGCCCUGGGGCGGCCCCCAGGCAGCUACAGCAGCAGCAGCAACAGUGGAGACUGGGGCUGGGACCUGGCCAGUGACCAGUCCUCUCCGUCCACCCCGUCACCCCCACUGCCCCCCGAGGCAGCCCACUUUCUGUUCGGGGAGCCCACCCUGAGGAAAAGGAAGAGUCCGGCCCAGGUCAUGUUCCAGUGUCUGUGGAAGAGCUGCGGGAAGGUGCUGAGCACGGCCUCCGAAAUGCAGAGACACAUCCGCCUGGUGCACCUGGGGAGGCAGGCAGAGCCUGAGCAGAGUGACGGUGAGGAGGAUUUCUACUACACGGAGCUGGAUGUCGGCGUGGACACGCUGACCGACGGGCUGUCCAGCCUGACUCCAGUGUCCCCCACGGCCUCCAUGCCGCCCACCUUCCCCCGUCUGGAGCUGCCAGAGCUGCUGGAGGCCCCGGUCCUGCCCCGUCCCCUGCAGCCGCCUGCCCGGCCCCCACCCCUGUCCCCCGUCCUGAGCACCGCCGUCGCUAACCCCCAGUCCUGCCACAUCGACCGUGUGUACCAGGGCGGCCUGACUCCCGCCCACCUGGAGCCGCAACCCACGGAGCUCGGAGCCUGCUCACUGGCCCUGUCCUCCAGGAUCGCAGUCAGCCUGAGGAAGCCCCGCGGCGAUGCCAAGAAGUGCCGGAAGGUGUAUGGCAUGGAGCGCCGAGACCUGUGGUGCACGGCCUGCCGCUGGAAGAAGGCCUGCCAGCGCUUCCUGGACUGAGAACAGAAGCCGCCACCUUCUCCCCCCGCCGCACCCGGGCCUGGGGCUGAAACUGCCCACGGAGAGCCCGGGGGCCUGGGCUUCACCAGCUGCAGGGUCUGCUUUGAAUGGGGGGAGGAGGUUGGUGACCCUGAACCCCCUGAGGUCGGGAGGGGUCCCACCACUCAAAGUGCCUCUGAAGAAACCAGCUUUUGCACUAAAGCCAAACCACACCGCCGUCCCCCUAGCCCCGAGGGCCCUGGGGCAGCCACCCUCCCUGGCGGCCCCUGGUUUUGUCAAGGGUGUUAUGGGCCCCGCUUUGGGGGCCAGUCCCAAUGCACUUUGAGGGUGUUGGGGAGAGUACUCCCCACUCGCACUUAACUCGAUGGCUCUAGGGCCCUGGGGCUGACGGUUCUAAAGCUCAGGUGUCACGUCUGGGCUGCACCAGGCAAAGAGAAAUUAAAAAUUUGAGGUUUUUCCAGAA